GGUCCCGUCAUAGAAAAUAUAUCCCAACGCUGUGGAGGAUUUUUGAAAUUUUUAUCGCUGCGUGGUUGCAAAUCUGUGGGCGAUCAAUCAAUACAAACUUUAGCCGACUACUGCCACAACAUAGAACAGUUGGAUUUAUCGGAAUGCAAUCGAAUAACAGAUAUAUCGACCGAAUCGAUAAGUCGCCAUUGUUCAAAAUUAGCCUCCCUUAAUUUAGAAUCAUGUUCUAAUAUCACCGAUAAUAGUUUAAAAUAUAUUUCGGAUGGUUGUCCGAAUCUACAAGAAAUCAAUAUAUCAUGGUGUCAUUUAAUAACGGAAAAUGGUGUCGAAGCUUUAGCCCGUGGUUGUAAGCAUUUGCGUAAAUUCUGCAGCAAAGGUUGUAAGCAGGUUAAUGACAAUGCCAUAACGUGUUUGGCUAAAUAUUGUCCCAAUCUAAUGGUGCUCAAUUUACACAGCUGUGAGACCAUCACCGAUUCAUCGAUACGACAAAUCGCCAGCAAUUGUCACAAUCUACAAAAAUUGUGCGUAUCCAAAUGUGCCGAACUGACCGAUCUCUCACUGAUGGCACUCUCACAAAAUAAUCCCUAUUUGAAUACCUUGGAGGUAUCCGGUUGUCGUAAUUUCACCGAUUUAGGCUUUCAGGCAUUGGGUAAAAAUUGUAAAUAUCUGGAACGUAUGGAUUUGGAGGAGUGUAAUCAGAUAACUGAUUUAACGCUGGCACACUUGGCCACCGGUUGUCCAAGUUUAGAAAAAUUGUUUCUAUCGCAUUGUGAACUGAUAACCGAUGAUGGUAUACGCCAACUGGCAGCUGGUAGCUGUGCUGCGGAAAGUUUAUCCGUCCUCGAAUUGGAUAAUUGUCCAUUAAUCACUGAUCGUACAUUAGAGCAUUUAGUUUCUUGUCAUAAUUUACAAAGAAUUGAGCUAUUUGACUGCCAAUUAAUUACAAGAGCAGCAAUACGCAAACUAAAGCAACAUUUACCAAAUAUAAAAGUUCAUGCGUACUUUGCCCCAGUUACACCGCCACCAGUUACCACUGGACAACGACCACGUUAUUGUCGAUGCUGUGAGAUUUUGUGAGAUUCGGCCAUUGGCUUUGCACGGAAGCUGCUGUGUAAAGGCCCCACGGACUGAUGGUAUAUAUUUUCGACAAUUAUCCUGAUUAUCUUGACGAUAUUGGUGGCAUCGCUUUUGUUGGUACAUGUCUUUGCGGCUAUAUAUAAAUUGAAUAUUUGAGUUUG